AUGUCAUCAUUACACUCUGCUUUCAGAGAAAACAUCACCUUUGUGCAUCCUGUGUACUUCAUAAUAAGUGGAUUAGAAGGGAUUCCUAAUGUCAGGUAUUACUAUGUGUUUUUAUUGCUGGCUUAUGGCGUUUCAGUGCUGGGAAACGUGACUGUGAUGGCACUGAUUGUCCUGGAUCACAAUCUGAGGACUCCAAAGUACGUGGCCGUCUUCAACCUGGCGUUUGUGGACCUGAUGUGCAGCUCUGCUUUGGUUCCCAAGGCCAUCGACAUCUUCCUCUUCAACCACCCCUACAUCUCCUACAGCGACUGCCUGACCUUCCUCUUCGUGUGCUACACCUGCCUCUCCAUGCAGUCCUUCAACCUGGUGGCUCUGUCCUACGACAGGCUGGUGGCCGUCACCUUCCCUCUGCAUUACAAAGCAAGGGUAACGCACAGGUUCAUGUUGUCCUUAAUCCUGUCUUUCUGGGUUUUUGUUAUGAUGGGUAAUGUCAUCGCAGUCGGCCUCAUUAACAGACUGUCCUUCUGUGGCUCUGUGGUCAUUAACAGCUACUUCUGUGACCAUGGUCAGAUCUAUCGACUGGCCUGCAAUGACAACACUCCCAGCUCAGUCAUCGGCGCUUUGUUCUCAGUUGUAAAUUUCUGGCUUCCACUGGUUUUCAUCCUGUUAACGUACCUGUGUAUUUUCUGCACGUUGGUUAAAGUGGCCACGCCUCAACAGGGACUCAGGGCCUUUAAAACUUGCGUAGGUCAUCUGUCAUUAGUGGCCAUUUAUUUCAUCCCCUUGUUGAUCACGUUCACAUUGAAGGAGAAAAUGCCUCCUGAUGCCAGAAUCAUAAACCUGUCUCUGACCUCUGUCCUUCCUCCCAUGCUCAACCCCAUCAUUUAUGUCCUGCAAACACGGGAAAUAAAAGUCUCUGUAAAAAAGUUAUUGAAGAUGAGCCAGAAAUCAAAAAUCAUAAUUAUAAAAUCCACAAUGUGA